UGGCCGGAGCGCGGAGCUGCCGCGCAGCCUUGGCCGCGGAAGCGCGGAGGGGCAGAGCCCGGCGCCCCCGGCCCCCGCGGGGCGAGGAGAGCCGCCCGGAGCCGCGGAGGGAGCGGGACCCCCCGGCAGCCGCGCUCCGCGCCCGCGGCGAUGGUUUCGGCAGCGCCCCGCGGCCGCCGGCGGGCGCUGCCGGGCGGCGCGCACUGAGCGCGGAUCCCGCUCCCAGCUGUCCUGUUUUAUGGAGCUGUGGGCCAGGUCCAGCCCAGCUCCCCUUUUGCUUCCUGGCGAUGCUGCUGGUCCCGGUGGGGAGAGACCCUCGGCAGCCCCGCGGAGCCUGAGCGCCGAGGCGGCAGUGGCGACGGCCCCCCUGUGCACCCCGGCUGACUACUAUGGCCGUGUACUGCUAUGCGCUCAAUAGCUUGGUGAUGAUGAAUAGCAACAGCGAGGUGACAAGCGGCCGGAGCAAGACGCCGCCUCCUCCCGGACAAGUACUGCCCAGGGGCCCGGAGACACCCGGCAGCUGCCGCUCGCUCCCUGUCUUCAACCCGGCCCCCGUGCCGCCCCGCUCCCCGCGCUGUGGCCCCGCUUUCCUCUUUCCACCACUUGAGGAUCCCCUGCGGCAGCCAGGCAGCCCCGGGGGGCGGCGGGGCAGCCGGGGUGAAGAGGGGCAGCCAGGACCCCCCAUGGCACGGCAACUUCAACGGGAGCUGCACAACGUCCAGGUGAACCAGAAAGUGGGGCUCUUCGAGGCACACAUCCAGGCACACAGCUCUGCUGCCCAGCCGCCGCGGAGCCCCCGGCCAUCCCGGCCCCGACCCGCCAGCCCUACAGUACCAGUGGUGGGACUUGGAAUUGGACCCCGGCUGCGAGCCCAUGGGGAGAGUGAGGCCCCCGAUGCUGGUGGGGUGCAGGUUUGUCUGAGCACUGCAGAGCCCUCCGGGAGGCCAGCAAUGACAGUGGUGCCAGCUGUGGAGCUGGCAGAGAGCACCAGCCCCCUGGAGCAGUCAGGGCCUGCACCACGGCAAGGGGAGGUGGUGGUGGCCCCCGCAGAACUUAAGGGCCAGUGCCCAGCCAUUGGUGGAAGCAUCCCCGCCGUCAUUGUCACGGACCUGGGGGGCCCGGAGGAGGAGGCGGGCGCCGUGCCCCCCGGCAGCCUGCCCGUCAGGAAGCUGUCAUCGUCCUCAGCGUCUUCCACUGGCUUCUCCUCAUCCUGGGAGGAGUCCGAGGAGGACAUUUCCAGUGACCCCGAGCGCACUCUGGACCAGACCCCGGCCUUCCUGCAGACCCUGGACCAGCAGAAGCCCCGAGUGAGCAAAUCAUGGCGGAAGAUCAAGAAUAUGGUGCACUGGUCCCCGUUUGUGAUGUCUUUCAAGAAGAAGUACCCUUGGAUCCAGCUAGCGGGACACGCAGGUAGUUUCAAGGCAGCGGCCAACGGCAGGAUCCUGAAGAAGCACUGUGAAUCCGAGCAGCGCUGCCUCGACCGCCUGAUGAACGAUGUCCUGAAGCCGUAUGUUCCUGCCUACCACGGCGACGUUGUCAAGGAUGGGGAGCGAUACAACCAGAUGGAAGAUCUGCUGGCUGAAUUUGACUGCCCCUGUGUUAUGGACUGCAAAAUGGGGGUCAGAACAUACUUGGAGGAGGAGCUGAUAAAGGCCCGGAAGAAGCCUAGCCUGAGGAAGGACAUGUACCAGAAGAUGAUUGAGGUGGAUCCUGAUGCCCCUACAGAGGAGGAGAACGUGCUGCGGGCAGUAACCAAGCCCCGCUACAUGCAGUGGAGGGAGACCAUCAGCUCGACUGCCACGCUGGGCUUUAGGAUCGAGGGGAUAAAGAAAGAGGACGGCACUGUGAACCGGGACUUCAAGAAGACACGGACAAAGGAACAAGUCAUGGAGGCCUUCAGGGAGUUCACCAGAGGGAACAGGAACGUGUUGAACAGUUACCUUAACCGGUUGAAGGGUAUCCGUGCUACCCUGGAGACAUCCCCAUUCUUCAAGUGCCAUGAGGUAAUUGGGAGCUCCCUCCUCUUCAUUCACGACAAGCAGGAACAGGCCAAAGUCUGGAUGAUUGACUUUGGGAAAACCACCCCACUGCCGGAGGGACAAGUUCUCCAGCACAACGUGCCCUGGGUGGAAGGGAACAGAGAGGAUGGCUACCUCUGGGGACUGGACAACCUCAUUCAGAUCCUGACAGAGUUGUCCCAGAACGAAGACUUGCAUUAAAGCCACACGUCCAACUCUGCCACUACCCCCAGCCUGCCCCCGACUGACUCUUCUGAACUGCACUACAAGACACUUUCCAGUCCUUCCCCUUCCCAUUUGAAAGCUAUACUCUCCCUAUUUAAUGUGUUUUUGUUGUGGUUUCUUAGGUUGUCUUGGUUGGCUUUUUUUUCCCCUUCUCCUUGUAAAUAGAGAGCUAACCUGCCAGAACAAAAGCUGAACUUGAAACCUUGCCUUUGCAGAGUCAGUGGGAGCAGCCCGGAGGGGUUGCUCAGGCAAGCGCAUGCUUUGCCUGUCGCGCUUUGGUCUCUUGCGCAGCCUGAUUUUAAGAGGGCUGGCUGAGGAAGGAGCCUCUCCCUGCACUGGGAUCGGUAGCUUCAUCCUGAAAACACUCGGUGGCCAUGCCCAGGACCUUCUAGCAGCCCAGGUGUGUGAGCAAGGUGUGGAGAUGGUGAAGGACACUGGGGUGGGAUCUCGUUAGUUGUCUUUGCCAGCACCUUUCAGCCUAGGGAACCAGCUGUGCCAGGUCCUUAAGAGCUGCUAGAAGGGCAGAUUUGGGGGGUGUUGUGUUGUAGACAUCCCAUAGAGGUUGCUUAGUUAUUUUUGAGUGGCACUGAAGGGCGAGUGCUUCUCUCCUGCUGCAGAGCCUUGUAGCUGGGCACAGGUAUUUACCAUGGCCAGGUGCUUCCCACCCACAUCCCCCACACAGGGUGUCCUGGUGGGUAACACUUUGAAAUCCUCUCUAGACCCUCAGCUACCCUGCUAGCAGCUGCUUCCAGCCUACAUUAGCUAGGGUCUGCAAUCCUCCUUAGCUGGGAAAAAUCACUUAUAAAGGACUACUAUGAGACCAAAAGUAGCCAUCUGGGUUGAUCAGGUUUUUUUGCCAGCAGCCGAGCACGUGUGUAGGGGUCAUGCCACCAAUGCCCACACCUGGCCCAGGGCAACCCUCACACCUGGAGCAUCUCCAUAACUUUUAUCUUCAGCAGACAAAGGGUUACAGCAGCAAAGCAUCUCCCGGGUUAGUCACCAGGAGCUUGGCAAAGCAGAGUUGGGGUCAGGCAUGCCCAUGCCUUCCCCUUUUUUCCUCAGAGCUGGCUGACUGCCACUGCACUGGCUUCCCAGCCUGCUCAGGCUCUGUGGAUGGCCUCUGCGCUCCUGAUCCUGCAAAAACACCCAGUUCCCUGUUUAGGGCGGAGGCUAUUUUUUAACUUCCUGGAACAUUUGAACUAAGCGGCGGCAGGGCUGGCUCGCUAAAGGUCAUCCAUCGAGAGGACUGCAGGGAAGGGAGUCUGUGGGGCAAGGCAGGAGUCCCUCAAGUUGAGGACAGAAGGAGUUUGCAGUGCAGGAGGUGGUGCAGGAGCUUGACAGCCACGAAUCCCCCACCUGCUCCAUCCCCAAACCCACUGUCUCAUUUCAGAGUUCCAGAGCCCCUCUGCCAUAGGUCAGUGGGUCCGGCACCCUCAGUGGGGGAGAUCUCCCAGCAGCAAUAAGGAGGAGGAGGAGUUGGCAGCUGAGCUGUCUGCAGCUAUGCCCCAGCCUCUUCAAGGACUGAAGUUUCCUAAGGUUUUAUGGGUUCAUAUCUCACCAGACAUGGUGUCUUUUGCUCAUCGGAUGUCAUUGUAAAUGGUUGCACUGUUUUAGCUCCUUGCCAGGCUUUCUAGAAUAGCCCAUGUGGAAGUGCCUUAUAGACUUGCCUCUGUUCCAUUAGUGUCAUGGAAAAGGUUGGGGUUUUUUUAAGUUAUAUUUAUUUUCAUCCCAUUUUAAUUGCACAAAACACUAAAAUUUAAUGCAUGGAAUCCCUCUUUUUUUCUUUUUUUUUAAACUGUUUUUAGUUUUUAAACCAUCCCUUUUCCAGCUUUGGAGAAAGGGUGUGAACAGAUACGCAUAGCUAUGUACCACUUACCGCUGUACUUUAGCUUCCAGCUGCUCUUAUAUAUGUACAUUAUUUUUUAAACCUGUUUAUAAACCAGAGUUCUUGCUUUGUGGCUUCGGAAGAAGCGGAUUGUUCCUCUCAGAUGUCUUAUGCCUUCCUGGAGGCUGGAAUGGUUGAUGUGAGGGAUUCUCCCUGCUCCCACCACACCUCUCAGUCAUUGGGAAAUACAGAAGAAAAUCCAAACUGGUCUGGAACACCAACACACAGUACCUGUAAAAAAGUCCUGUAACAUUGCAAAUAAAGGCAUAUGGGAAGCAUU